AUGGUUUUAUCGUUACCACCAUCUAACAAUUCAGCUAAUUUCCUUGGUCAACUUGUUAGAAAAACAAAUGAAUCCGAUAAAUACUUAAAAAUCCAAUUUGAUCAUGGAACUACAACGUUAGGAUUUAUGUAUCAAGGUGGAAUUGUACUUUCAGUUGAUUCUAGAGCUACAGGUGGCCAGUUUAUUGGUUCUCAAGUAAUGAAAAAAAUAGUUGAAAUUAACGAUUAUUUGUUAGGCACUUUGGCUGGUGGAGCAGCAGAUUGUGUAUAUUGGGACCGUGUUUUAGCAAAACAGUGCCGGAUGUAUGAAUUACGUAAUAGAUCUCGUAUAUCUGUGGCUGCAGCUAGUAAAUUAAUGUCUAAUAUGGUUUAUAAUUAUAAAGGAAUGGGUCUUAGCAUUGGUAUGAUGCUUGCCGGUUGGGAUAAAAGAGGGCCAGGAUUAUAUUACGUUGAUUCAGAAGGUACACGUACACCUGGAACAGUUUUCAGUGUUGGAUCUGGCUCAGUAUUUGCUUAUGGUGUAUUAGAUUCUGGAUAUCAUUGGGAACUAACAGAUCAAGAAGCUUAUGAGCUAGGUAGAAGAGCUAUUUAUCAUGCUACGCAUAGAGAUGCUUAUUCUGGUGGAAUUGUGAGAGUUUAUCACAUGAAAUCAACUGGUUGGAUACAUAUUAGUGAUCAAGAUUGCAAAGAUUUACAUUAUACGUAUACAAAAGAAAAAGUAGCUGUUGAAAACUAAUUAAAUCCUAUUAUUUAUAAAGCGAUUAUAA